AGAAAAUGAUGCAGAACUGAACAGGCGAUCUGAUGAGCACAGUUUCUUCAUUGAGCCGAUCUUGCGAGCAUCAGCAUUAUGCUGUCGAUCCAGGGGUCCCAUUCUUUUUCGGUAUUUUGACAUUUCUCACGUAGCAUCAUCUUGCUAAAGAACCUUUUUCAGUGCUGUGAAGAGGACAAUGACGACGUGACGUUUUCAACUACAAAGUCAAGUUUUGCUUUUGCUAGAAGGUACUUACACAGAAGUAGAUUGCGUUUCAUUUUUCUCAACGAGUUCGUUGUACUUAGUCGCUUCUACUUCAAGAAACUCAUUGUAAUAACAUCCACUCCUCGACUCCUCCAGUUUUACUUCUAGCUACAUCUAGACUAAACAAAAAAUGUCCCUCGCCGCGAAGCGUCUGCAAAUGGAGAGGGUGCAGUUUAAGAAACGGCAUCCUUUCGGAUUUUUUGCACGGUAUACGACGAAGACGGAUGGCACACAGGAUAUGAUGAAGUGGCGAUGCGGCGUAAAAAUGGAUGAGGAUGGGCCGUGGCAUGGAGCCACUGUAGAAAUGCACAUGGAGUUCUCAGAAGACUAUCCGGGGAGACCGCCUAAGGUAUGGUUACUUAAUUGUAGCUUUGAUCACGACUAGGUUUUUUUUAGCUUGGAGGUACAGGUAGUGGUUGAUGAUCGAUGACUUCGACGAUGAGUGUAUGCCUGACUUGCACUAGCGUUAUCUUUUUUCUAUCUGCUGGGUAAGGAACCGACCUCCACGAGACUGCAUCAUGAUCAAAAAUGUCCAACAACUGAUAUCAACAGGUAAUACUUUGUCAAAUCGGCGGUGCAACUUGCUUUCACCCCAAUAUCUACCCAAGUGGCGCUGUUUGCUUGUCAAUUCUGAAUGAGGACAAGGAUUGGAGGCCAACACUAACGGUAACGACGAUAUUGAACGGCAUUAAGGACCUCCUCAACAAUCCAAAUCCGAACUCGCCAGCACAAGAAGACGCGUACAAGGUCUACAUAGAGGACGACAAGCACGAGAAGUGGCAUAAGAAAGUCAAAGAACAAUCCGAACUCAUAAAAAGCGGAAAAGCUUACACCGACUAACACGAAGAUACAUCAUCAACAUACGUAGCAAAAUCAAGAACCACAUCUAAACGCAGUCAAUCACAUAGUGCAGGGUUUAGGGUUUUUUUUUCAGUUGCGGCUGGCCGCUUCUGUAAAUGACAAGUGAGCAUGUGCGGAUAGCCGCUUUUUUUGGAUUUUGGUAGCUUCUCGAACAUCCCCAUAUCCCACUCAUAAUUGGCAAGAAAUGAAAAU